CACUCUGACGAGUGACGGUGACGGUGACUGAGUGCGAAGUUUGACUUUUCCAUUCAUUUCCAUUUUCAUUGAUGGGAGAAGUUGUUCAGUGAUUACAAUUUACGCUUCUCUUCUGUGUAUUUACGGAAGUUUCAAUUCGUUAGGAAGAAAAUUGUCUCGUUGGAAAUACUUCUAUUCUCAACGCGAGAAGUUUGUUUUCAUCGAUUAUCACUACACUUAGGGACCUAAUGGCUUAUCAGGGCGGAUAUCCGGGUCAGUUCGGAGGCUACGGUCAACAGCAGCCCGGUGGCUACCCCGGGCAAUACGGAGGAUAUGCACCGCCGCCCCAACAAAUUGCUGUUAGCCCUGAAAUCCAAAACAUUUUCCGCAAUGUCGAUAAGGAUAACUCCGGGAAGAUAAAUAGCCUGGAGUUGCAAGCUGCUUUAAUCAACGGUCGGGGUGAUCAUUUCUCCGAUACUGCUUGCAAUAUGAUGAUCGGUAUGUUUGACAAGGAUCGCAGUGGAACGAUCGAUAUCUACGAGUUCGAGAAGCUGUACAACUAUAUUAACCAGUGGCUGCAAAUCUUCAAAACGUACGACCGGGAUGCUUCCGGUCAUAUUGAGGAGGCGGAACUAUCGCAAGCGCUCACCCAAAUGGGAUUCCGGUUCUCACCACAAUUCAUACAAUUCCUAAUCGUGAAAAACGAUCCAGUGCAUCGAAAGGAUAUCUCUGUUGACCAAUUCAUAGUGACUUGCGUUCAAAUUCAACGCUUCACCGAGGCGUUCCGUGCCAGAGACACGGAACAGAAAGGGGUCAUCACAAUCGGAUUUGAGGAUUUUUUGAAUGUUGCCCUAACUACAACUUCCUAAAAUUGGAACACAGAUUGUCUAAAUGUUGGCUAACAUAUACAUUCACAAAAAAAACCAUUAUUAAGUUUAAUGCUAUGAAUCAACUAUUGAAUCUGACCAGAUCAGCGCAGUUUCCAAGGACAUGUGACUGGCGUUCGAAAAUAGUAUUGCAACAGGCUAAUUCCCCGGAUGUCGUGGAACAUUGUAGACUAUAAACACUCGUUAAUUUUCGUCUACUUUAACUAUAUUUAUUUUAGAACAAAGCAUUUUAGCAUGUUCCAUUAUGUGCGAUUCACGCAGCUUGAAGUGCGAAGAUUAUUUUGGUAAUAAAUCUAAACAGUAUACAAACGAAAA